CUGAGGCGGGGCGGUGACCGGAGCGGCCCGGGCGGCGGCGGCGGCAGCAGCAGGAGGAGGCCGAGGCUGAGGCUGAGGCGAGCGCCGAGCGCGGCCGGAGCCGUCCCGAGCCGCCGCAGCCAUGUCGGGGUUCCUGGAGAAGAUAUUUGGGGUGGGGGCCGGCGGCAAGGGCGGCGGGAAGGGCCCGUCCCCGCAGGAGGCCAUCCAGCGGCUCCGCGACACCGAGGAGAUGCUGAGCAAGAAGCAGGAGUUCCUGGAGAAGAAAAUCGAGCAGGAGCUGGCGGCCGCCCGCAAGCACGGCACCAAGAACAAGCGCGCUGCUCUUCAGGCCCUGAAGCGUAAGAAAAGGUAUGAGAAGCAGCUUGCACAGAUUGAUGGCACAUUAUCCACAAUUGAAUUUCAGAGGGAAGCCCUUGAAAAUGCCAACACGAACACGGAAGUGCUUAAGAACAUGGGGCUUGCUGCUAAAGCCAUGAAAGCUGCUCACGACAACAUGGAUAUUGAUAAAGUAGAUGAGUUAAUGCAAGACAUUGCAGAACAGCAAGAGCUGGCAGAUGAGAUUUCAACAGCCAUCUCAAAGCCAGUAGGAUUUGGGGAAGAUUUUGAUGAGGAUGAACUUAUGGCGGAACUAGAGGAACUAGAACAAGAAGAACUAGACAAAAACUUGCUGGAAAUAAGUGGUCCCGAGACAGUACCACUACCAAACGUGCCCUCAAUAGCAAUACCAUCAAAGCCAGCCAAGAAGAGAGAGGAAGAAGAGGAUGAAGACAUGAAACAGCUGGUAGCUUGGGCAGGGGCAGGCGAGCAGUAACCACAGCAGUAAAUGGCUGGAAAAAGACUUUGAUUACCUAUUCUGGGUGCAAAUAUGUUGUGUUGAGGAGAAAGCAUAAGCAAAAUGUCUUUACUUUUAAUUUUAACCUGAAGCAGUGGGAACUGCAUUGCUGUUUUCUGCAUAGUGAGGUCUGCACGGAGGAAAGAAGGAGGAGCAGGAGGAAUUGCCUGCGGUUUGUACGGUUGAAUUUCUGUAAAAAGGUAUUUGCAAAAUCAAACAUUCGGCUUUUGGACUGUGCUAAUGCCACUGCUGGAUCUUCAUCUUCAAAAGUUUGGGCCAUAUUAAAUUGACAUAAGCUGAAAAACACUCUGUAAUUUUAAGUCAGUUUAAGUGUGUUUAGAAGUCUUGUAAGGCAUUUUAAAAAGGAAAAGUCGUAAGCCACCAUCGGCUUCUUAUUGUGUUUAGGUGCAGGAUUGCUUUAGGUUUUUAGUUCUUUGCAAGUUAUGUUUAUAUCCCUUUACUGAUGUGUGGCUAGCCUUGUGUUUGUCACCGCAGCAGCGUAGUCACUAUUCCCAUUUUAAUUGGUGAUAAUGAUUUGCAGUUGACAAAUGCAUCUUGGAAGUUGGGAAGAUUUAAAUUUCAGUUGUACAUUUUUCUACAUAGCACUAUGAUGUUUAUUGCUUUUUCUGUGAUAAUAACCCAUUCAGAUACAUGCACACAAUUAUUUUAAUUAAGAAACUACUAUGGAUUGCACUGUAUUAAAUAUCUUGAUUAAUUUUCAUCUGUGA